ACUAAAUAUUUAGCUUGCUAACUAAACAUGUAGGUUGAAACUGUGAUACAAAUGAAAGAGUAACAGUGAAUAUAUUUUUCUGGUAUAAAAGGCUAAUGUUGCUAAUGGAUCCCAUAGAAAUGUGUCACAUAGAGCUGCAGCUAAGCAGCCUUUAGCUUCGAAACAUUAUUCUAAAAUCAGUUCUCUUUAGCGCCCCCUGUGGUUGGAGCCAGCCAGAACAUCAUGGCGAUUGAUGGUGGAGAUCGUCACUGUGGAGUUCAUGAACUGAUCUGCAUCAGAAAAGUUUCUCCGGAGGUUCUGGGCUUCCUGACGGCCAUCGCGCUCUUCAUCAUCCUCAUGACCUUCCUCUUCUGGUUCCUCAACAACAAGCUGGUUCUGCAGAACCCGGCCAGCCUGCAAUGCCUCGACGAUUUCAGGAAGAACCAGGAGUCGCAAGUAGAAACGGCGUCCUGCGGUGGCGGCGACUCUUCGGACAGCGACGGCGAGCUGCUGGGUCGGUACCAGGAGGCGGUGGGCCGCUCCCAGGGCCUCAGAGGAGCAGCGGGGGCCGCGGGCGGCGCCAGGCCCCGGGGGGGCUUCAGGUGGGAGAGCCGGCAGAACUACAGAGCCCUGACCGGAGACGGCUACAGCAGCGAGGCCUCGGCAGAUGAUGCCAACUGCAUCCAGAGGAUGAGGAGAACGCCGCCGCUGGACGAGCUCCAGCCACCUCCCUACCAGGACGAGAACGGCUCUCCCAGGAUGUCCUGCACGCUGUCGGACCUGGGCGAUGCCAAGUGCGACCUGUCCCAGACCAGCGGCAGCCCUCACCUGUCCUUUGGCAAGUGCCUGAGCGAGGGCAGCGACGGCCAGGAGAGCGAAGGCUACCUGAACAAAGGCUACGAGGAGGACGCCCCCAGCGACAGCACGGCCGUCCUCAGCCCUGAGGACACGUCGGCCCGCGGGUCAGCUGCACGCUUCCCAAAAGGCUACGAACCCGAUGCCCUCGCCAAGUACGGCACCCUGGAUGUGGUGUUUGACUACGACUCGGAGGAGCAGCAGCUGACCGUGACCAUCAUGGCGGUGACCGACCUGCCCUCCAUCAAACGCACAGGGAACUUCUCCUGGCAGGUGCACCUGGUGCUGCUGCCCACCAUGAAGCAGAGGGCCAAGACGGGCGUCCAGCGAGGGCCCGGCCCCGUCUUCACCGAGACCUUCCGCUUCAGCCACGUGGAGACGGACAUGAUCGGCAACUAUGCCGUCCGCUUCCGCCUCUACAGCAUCCGACGCAUGAAGAAGGAGAAGGUGUUCGGAGAAAAGGUCUUCUACCUCACCAAGCUCAACCUGCAGGGCAAAAUGUCUGUGCCGGUCAUCCUGGAUCCAUGCUGCAGUCUCCCGGGCGGGGAGUCCCAGGUCAGCCUGUCUGACCUGACGUGCAGCGACAGCGCCUCGUCCUUCCAGUCCGUCAGUCAGACCUCGGCUCCGGAGAUCCUGGUGGGCCUGGUGUACAACGCCACCACCGGCCGCCUCUCCGUGGAAAUCAUCAAAGGCAUCCACUUCAAAAACCUGGCCGCCAACAAGCCACCCACUGUCCAACCCCUGUUGUCAGACGGGCUGUUCUGUUGUCUCAAACACUUGGUAGGGGGACAGGUUUAUAUAAUCAGAGACACGCUGGUGAAGCUGUCACUGCUGAACUCCAUGGGUCAUGAGAUGUCCAAGUGUAAGACGUCCGUCUGCCGGGGACAGCCCAACCCCACCUACAAGGAGACCUUCGUGUUCCAGGUGGCGCUGUUCCAGCUGUCCGACGUCACCCUCAUCCUGUCCGUCUACAACAAGCGCAGCAUGAAGAGGAAGGAGCUGAUUGGCUGGAUCUCCCUGGGCCUCAACAGCUCCGGGGAAGACGAGCUCAGCCAUUGGACGCACAUGAAGGAGGCCAAAGGACGGCAGGUCUGCCGCUGGCACAGCCUGCUGGAGUCCUAACGGGGGUCGGGGGUCGUCCUGAUGUCUGUUAUAUUGUCCAUCAUGUUGUCCAUCCUGUCUACUGGUUUGUUGUCAUGGUAACGGCAGGGAAGGACCAGAGGCUAGCUGCUGGCCGCUAGCAUCAACUAGCUGGAUCGGCUCCUCUGGUUCAUCAUAUUAGUGGUAUUGAUGACAUCAUGAUGGUUCAGUUGGUUCUGAUUGACUUUCUACAGUAACUGGAAAACCAGUUUAAUGAGCUACUGGAGCUACUGGAGCUGACAUUUCUCCCAGUCAGGAUCCAGGUCAGAUCCAAACACAUUUAGGAUUAAUGCUGAUUCUGUCUGACCCAGAGGUUCUCUCGGGUUCUGGUUCAGGUUCGGGUUCAGGUUCAGCUCAGGCAUCUGGCUAAAUACAAAUAAUAUAUUGAUAUAUAAAUUCAAUGCUAUAUAAUCAAUAAUCCAAUGAAAUGCCAUAGAGGGAAUCUGCUUAGCAGCAAAGAUUUUAAUUUAAUAACAUAUUUAUUACAUUGUAAUAACCUGUUAUUACACUGUUUAAUGGCAACAAUGUAAACAGUUUGGUAAUAUUAUAUAAUUAUUAUUAUAAUGUAACUAGUAGCAACAGCUUCUAAUGAGACGUUAACUAGUUUUAGCUUAUUUUCUAAUUAUUCAUGUUAAUAAUCUAUCAUCACAGAAACACAGUCAUAUUAACACAAUAAGUAAUUAUUCAAGAGCAUUGAUUACAUAUCUGUUAUAUCUUUCAACAGUUUCUUCUGUUCAACUAUUAAGUAAAUAAUUGUUGUAUAAUUGUAACUAGGUUAUAGUAACAGUUUGUAAUAACAUGUUUAUAAAGGGUUAAUUCCUCAAUAACAUGUUCCUGAGUAAUUAUAUAAUAUUACCAACUUAUUAAUAACUUACAUUUUAUCCAGAUUUCACAUUCAGAUAAUUAAGGACAUAAACACAAAAUUUAGGUAUGAGGAAGAUAAAUAUGAAGCAGAUGUUGCUGAGCCGCCAGAGAACAACUCGGUUAAGCCCCGCCCACACCUGUCCUACACCUGCCCAGGUGCUGGAAGCACAGGAGCUACUGCCUUACCUGAGAUGGCCCCGCCCCCAGAGCACAGGCCCCGCCCAUCAACAUGGAGCACAGAUAGCAAAACCACACCCAUAGUGGGAGGGGCUACUGAAGCCACGCCCAGCCUUAGUGGGAGGAGUUUCAGUCCCACACAUGAAGUUGAUUGGUUCUGCAGAUGGUCUGCAGGUUUUCAUUAACAGCCAAGAGAAAAGUCUUUCCUGUGCCUGUGUUGAGUUUACAGAGUGUGUGUGUGUGUGUGUGUGUGUGUGUGUGUGUGUGUGUGUGUGUGUGUGUGUGAGAACAGCAGGCUGUGAAUACUUCUGACUUAUUGCGAUGUUUCUGAUUGUCUGGCUUCUGCCUCUCAGUGAUUGUUUCUAAUGUAUUUUUGUACUAAACGAGGUGAGCAGAGCAGCAGAACCUUUCAGACGGGUUGGAGUCCAGCUGGUUGGUUCCUCAUGUUUGCUAACUGAAGCUCCCCAGAACUUCCCCUCAGCUGCUUUGCCUCCAAACUGCUGGAUGACACAAAUAUUUACAGUUUUAUGCCAAAUAUAAUAAACUCAUUGACAAAACAUGGAAAGAAAGUACAUCCCCGCAAAUGUAUUCCAACAUCAGAUGGGGCAUUACUCAGAGAAACUCCUGGUAGCUGGUGAAGACUAAAGGUCAUAACUCUUUAACCUGUUUGGGUUGAAGGAGAAAGCCUCUUCACUAGAAACAAGAUGGCCGCCACAAGCUCCAACAUAUAUAUACUUUCUUUAUCUUCUGUUAGAUUUUUCUGGUGGAUUUUGAAAAAUAUCCUCCAGAAAAAUGGAGAAUCUGUCAGAACUGAAAUCAGCUUCUGAUAUUGGCAGUGGUGGGCUCAGCUAGCCAAACGUUAGCUUCACUGACCCAGUUCUCCAACAAACUAACAUCUGCUAACAUAUCAAAAAUGGUCAAAGACUGGUUUAAAAGGCUUGUUAGCGGCAGCCAUCUUGAAAGAUUUCCAGUGAUCAGCUAUGCUAGGAUCUACAGGCUAAUGUGGUUCUGUUUGGGUUUCUCCUUUGAUGGUGGUUCUGAAUCUGCUGUGAGUUUCUACAAGCUGGUAAAGUUUUUACCAGGAGGGGGUGUACUUCCAGGAGGAACGUUCUGCUUUGGACCCGGUCUGGUUCUGAUUCAGGUCAGUGGAGGGUUCUAGCUGGUAUCAGGAGCGCCAUCGGCCCUGCAGAGGAAACUAGCUGAAGGUUCCGGUUCCGGUUCUGGUGGAGGUCCCACUGGUUCUGGGUCCAGUCUGCGUUCUUAGCUGGUUCUGUCAGUCGGUGGACCUUCUGUCUGAGCAGCGCCUCCUGCUGGUGAACUGCAGCUCUGACUCAGUGGUUUCAGGAAAUAGACAGAGACCGGUCGUCAAGGAGACAGUGCCGGUGUUGUGGACCCGUUAGUGAUCCGGUUCCUCUGGUUCCGCUGCUUCGUUUAGAUCUAAUCGCUGCUCUGCCCUCGUUGUUUCUUGUUUCUGUGGGAACGACCUUUGCCCUCAGCGGCAUCGGUGCCUUACUGUUUCAACUUCUUGUCUUAAUAUUCCUGAAAAUUAACUUUUCCCCUGUAGUUAUGGCUGAGUUUGAUUUUAAAAACGUUUUUGAAUUUACAAGUAAGAAUUUCUAUGUGAUGUUACUGAAUAAAAAGGAAAUAAACUUUUCUGAUCCUCUUUCUUCUUCCUUAUAUGGUCAUUUCUGUCCGUCCGUUUGGACCGUCAAACAUGAACAUUUUGGCCUGUCAUAAAACAGAUGUGAUUAAUCUUUCAGUCAGAUUUUCACCAUUUUAUUCAUUCAUUCAUACACAUCAAACUUUCAGCCUAAAUAUUUAGUUAGCUGCAGCUAAGUAUUAAAUAAAUGGCAACCACACUAACUACCUGUAAACUAAAUAUUUAGCUUUCAAAUUAAAUAUGACUUUGAAAGAUGAACUGCGUCUGUUUUAUUUGUUUACAGUCUAAUAACCAAAUUAUUAUUUAAUUUGUGAUUAACUUUACAAACAGCAACUUGUCCUGCACUGCUAGAAACCAACCAACAGGUGGCGCAACAUUGCAGUUUGUGUCAUGGUUUCACUUUUUACAG